GGUUUCGGCUGGGUGGUGGUCUUCGCCGCCGCCUGGUGCAACGGUUCCAUCUUCGGCAUCCACAACUCCAUCGGGAUCCUCUACAUGAUGCUGCAGAGUGACCUGGGCGAGGGGGAGAAGGACCCCGCGCUGGAGUUUAAAACAGCAUGGGUCGGCUCCUUGGCCAUGGGCAUGAUUUUUUUCUGCUCUCCCAUCGUCAGCAUCUUCACCGACCGGAUCGGCUGCAGGACCACGGCAGCCUUGGGAGCUGCCAUCGCCUUCAUUGGACUCCUCUCCAGCUCCUUCACCAAGUCUCUGGAAGUCCGUUAUUUCACGUAUGGGAUCCUCUUCGGCUGCGGCUGCUCCUUCGCCUUCCAGCCCUCACUGGUCAUCCUCGGGCACUACUUCAAGCGCCGCCUUGGCUUGGCCAACGGCAUCGUGGCCGGCGGCAGCUGCCUCAUCUCCGUGCCGCUCCCCUUCUUCCUGAAGAUGGUCGGGAAGGCCAUUGGGCUGGCGCAUACUUUCCAAGUACUCAGUGCCUUAAUGCUCAUCCAGAUAUUCUUGUCCCUGACCUAUCGGCCCAUCCUGCCACCUUCUUGUGACUCUCAGCACGAUGGGCAGGACAAGCUGGGCAGCCGGAGCAUGCGGCAGCAGUGCUGGUCCCAGACGCGCAAAUAUUUCAACUUGAGGGUUUUCCGGAGAAAGACCUAUCGGAUUUGGGCCUUUGGGAUCGCUACUGCUGUCCUGGGAUAUCUCGUACCUUACAUGAACCUGGUAAAGUACGUGGAGAAGAGAUUUCAAGAAACCAAAAAGGACUGGAUCCUCCUGGUUUGCCUCGGAGCCAUGUCAGGGCUGGGGCGCUUGGUUUCAGGCCGCAUUGGUGACUGCAUUCCCGGGCUGAAGAAGAUUUACCUGCAGGUUGCGUCCUUCAUGCUGUUGGGCAUCCUGUGCAUGAUGAUCCCCCAGUGCCAAGGGUUCGAGGGCGUCAUUGUCAUCUGCCUCUUCCUCGGCCUUUGCGAUGGCUUCUUCACCACCAUCAUGGCCCCCAUUGCCUUCGAGCUGGUGGGGCCCAUGCAGGCAUCCCAGGCCAUAGGGUACCUCAUGGGGCUGAUGGCUGUGCCCAUGACCGCGGGUACGCCGAUAGCAGGAUACCUCAAUGAUUAUUUUGGGAAUUACGACGCGGCCUUCUAUUUUGCCGGAGUCCCCCCCAUCAUCGGCGGUUUGGUGCUCUCCGUCGUCCCCCUGGUCCAUCAGAAGAUGCUGAAGAAGCAGCGCCUGGAUUCUGGCAAAGACAAGAUGCUGGUCUCGGAGGCGGUGGUGAACGGGGAGCUGCUGCCGGGCUGUCCUGCCUCCGAAGCGCACAUGUAG